AUGUCCGUUCAGAUUUCACUUAUUUGUUUUGUGGCGUACACUUUGCUGGCAAAUUGCUUUAUACGCCUUAUAUGUUUCUUUAAAAGACAGAACGAACGGCUCAAGAAAAAGUUUACAUAUCCUUUAGAUAUAGUAGCGCAUCGAGGGGGAUCUCUUAUAGGCCCAGAAAAUACCUUAUAUGCUUUUGAAAAGGCAUUGAACAAUGGUGGAGCUAACGUCCUAGAAAUGGACGUGUGGUUAUCGUUGGAUAAAAAAAUAGUUGUUUCACAUGAUGACGAGCUGGGUCGCACUUGUGGAGAAAGGUAUCGUAAUGUAAAAAUAUCCCAGCUUGUCGUAGGGGACUUUCCAAAUAACACAUUACCCCAGUGUGCAAGGUCUAUCGCCUUACAUUUCAAAAAUGGGAAUAUUAUGGAUUACAAAGCAUCAGACGAUGUACCCAUAGAUGAGCUCACUCGCGUGUGCUUGCUAACUGAAGUUUUCGAGAGAUUUCCUGGAGUACCCAUGCAUGUCGAUAUAAAGGCGUUGGGUGCCGAAGCAGUUUAUAUAGUUCUUGAUAUGAUUCGAAAGUUUCGCCGUGAAAGUUACACCAUUGUUGGAAGCUCUGUAACUGAAAAUAAGAUGUACAUAAAGGACUACUUCACUAAAAAUACUGCAAUACGACCAAAGUUUCGUAUUUUUGCAAACACAAGCGACUUUAUGUACGUUUAUCUUUUUUAUUACUUAGGACUGCUGCCUUUCUGUAAACUAGAUUUUGACGUAUUUUCGAUUCCUGUCUACACGACCUCUAUGCGUGAAGAAGCGCAAACAGAACAUGGUUAUGUAGCUUCGUUAAUGGCGUCGUUUUUCUUUACAUCACCAAGUUUAUGGAGAUAUCUUCAAUAUCGCGGCAUUGCAGUUUUGGGGUGGGUUGUCAACGGCGAAUCGAAUUUGGCUGAGGCUGCCCUAUGGCCUCUAAAUGGUAUCAUUACUGAUGAUCCAGUGUGUUUGUUUAAUUCUAUGAAAUCUAAAAAGAUGUAA